UCAAGAUGGAGUUCUUGUUAGGGAAUCCGUACAGCUCUCCCGUCGGCCAGUGCAUUGAGAAAGCCACAGAUGGCUCCCUGCAGAGUGAAGACUGGACACUCAACAUGGAGAUCUGUGACAUCGUUAAUGAGACCGAGGAAGGGCCCAAAGAUGCCAUGCGCGCAGUGAAAAAGAGACUCAACGGCAACAGGAACUUCCGUGAAGUGAUGCUGGCUCUAACCGUGCUGGAGACUUGCGUGAAAAACUGCGGCCACCGUUUUCACAUCCACGUCGCCAACAGAGACUUCAUCGAAGGUGUCUUGGUGAAGAUCAUCACUCCGAAGAGUAACCCUCCCGCUAUAGUACAGGACAAAGUGCUGUCACUGAUUCAGGCUUGGGCAGAUGCGUUCAGGAGUUGCCCAGACCUCACUGGAGUCGUGCACAUUUACAAGGAGCUCAAGAGGAAAGGAAUUGAGUUUCCCAUGGCAGACCUGGACGCUUUGUCGCCCAUCCACACACCACAGCGGGGGGUCCCAGAGGUAGAUCCAGGCACACACAAAUACCGAGCGCCCUCGCAGCCCAACACAGCGUCUCAGACGGCCCCUACACCUGCUGCUGCUGCUGCUGCAACAGCUGACUUCAACCCCACCCAGAUCCCAACUGUAUCAGGACCGAUCACAGCAAACCCAGAGCAGGUCACACAGGUCCUGAAUGAGGCUUCAGAGGAGGAUAAUCUAAUAGAUUUGGGUCCUGGUUCUCCAGCAGUGGUCACUCCUCGGGUCAGCGCUACACCCACAUCCACCCUGCAGCCUCCUGCUGCUGCUGCUGCAUCUCUCUCCACACAGCUGGCAGGACAAGACGUGGGUGCAGACAGCGUCCCCGGGACUCUCAGCUCUCUAACCGCUCGCAACCCUCAGGAUGACUUUGACAUGUUCGCCCACACCAGGUCCAGCUCUCUGGCCGACCAGCGCAAAAACGUUAAAUAUGAGGAACCUCAGGCUCUGGUGGGCCUGGCGUCUGCUUUAGACAUCAGACAGCAAAAUGCCACUGGGAUCCCCGUAUCGCAGUCCUCUGUCAUGGAUGACAUUGAGGAGUGGCUCUGUGCUGAUGUGAAGGGUGAAGAGGCCGAGGAAGGAGUCACGAGUAAAGAGUUCGACAAGUUCUUAGAGGAGCGGGCCAAAAGUGCAGACAAGGCUUUACCGUCGGCCCCUGCUGGAGGGCCCAGACCUCCCGCGAGCACGUCUAGCAGCAACCGCAGGACGACACAGCAGACGGAGGACAAUCUCUUUGCCUUGUAGACCAGUGACGGGACAGAUGAUCACACUCCCUUCCAAACGCUUGCUGUUACUGAUAGAGCACUGUGAGAAUCCAGCUUCAUAACCGCUAUAACCUUCGAGCUGAACGGUGCAGUCAAGCCAUGGCUUAAGCAAACAUGUAGCCAAAAUAAUUCUCUUUAGAGAGCUCGUUUGUUUCACUCCUGUCGAAUGGAGCCGAUUGGUUUCGUAUUUAUCGCUCAUUAAUGAACUAACGCUCUUAAAGUUGGUCAUUCCAUGAGCGCGCCGUUCUGCGAGGUGUUCAUGCGGGCCGGUUCUGAGUCAACUAUGGAUUGUGACUCGGUCUGUCUCUGUGGUAAACGGCGCUCUGCUGAAGCAAAGUGGCUACAUUCUCAUAAUCAUCAUGUGCGAAUUACCAGACAGAAGAAUAAAAACGUGCUUUCCGUUGAUAAAGGUUUUUGUAAAAAUAUUUAUAAAACGGAGAGUUCCGGUCCUUGAUUCUGAUUGGCUGA